AUGGAUGAAGAAACUGAGUCUGCGCCAUCUGAAGUAAAUAAACCUAUAAACAAGAAUCACAACCUCAAUCCGAAGAUUUAUAAGGUUCAGGGGAAACAUAUGGUAAUUGAGAUCAUUGAAGGCCGAUUUAUGAUGAACGAAUUUGGCUGUAAUGACCUGUUGAGGAAGGUCCGAGCUAGCUAUGAUGCCUCUGACUCAAAGUGUUAUGGCGCUAUUACAUAUAGGGAUUGCAAGAUGAUUUUGUCUGACGCAGAGUUUGUGUAUAAUGUUGAUACUCGUUUUGAGUCUAUUUUGGUUCGCCUGUUCCCCGUCUCCUGCAUAAUUCUCAAGAAUUCAGUCUUGGUAGUUGUGAACGAAAACAUGAAGAUGGAUGGGUUUAUUAGAGAUUUGUGCAAAAUCACACAUUUUUAUGGCCAUUUUAACUCAGACACUGCUAAGAAUCGCACACCUACGAGUUCUGAGACCAUUCAAAACUCAAAUGAGCAGUUUCUAGCGCCAAGUGAAGAAACCCAAAACACCUUUAAUUUUAACUUACCCUUUGAAAUCUGCGUCUUAGAAUGUUGCUUUAUCACCGCUUUAUCGCAUCUAGAAUCUGUUAUAUACCUACUACAUAUAUAUAAUAUGCCUAUGAGGAUAUAUUAUAAUCUUGACGGCAUGUGGAAAAUUAGUGUAGACUUGGUGGUGUUUGAAGAAAAGAAUAAAAUAUUGGAGGAUAAGGUAUACAAUAAUAAGAAGUUCAAGGACAUUUCGAUAAUUUUGCAUGACUUGAAACACCCAGUGUCAAAUAUGAAUGAAAUGUCAAGAGGAUUUGAGGAACUAAUCAAUGAAAUUCUAAGCUGCGAUGAAAACAUCAAAGUCUUAGAAUUCAGUAAUCAUAUUCUACAUUACGGUUCUGAAACCAUGCGUAACAAUCUGACGUAUCGACCUGUGAACCAUGAUCUGCAAUUUCUACUGGAGUAUUUUGACCAAGAAAUAGAAAUGUUGGGUAAAAGAGCUAGGACACUAGAAAAUUCGUUGGUCCAUAUAGAACGUUAUAUAAACCUGGAACUGGCAAUUACAAGGAACGAAAUGAUGCGUUUGGACGUGAUGUGUAGCAUUUUGGGAGUCUCAUUUGGAGUUGGAGCCUGCCUUUCAGGACUUUUUGGAAUGAAUGUAAUCAACGGACUGGAACAAAGUCGAUACGCCUUCACUUCCAUCACACUGGCAUUCCUAUCAGUACUAUUCGUUGCAAUCUAUGUAACUAGAGUGUUACAAGUUAAACAUAGGGUUUAA